CGAAGUUUGGUUGGUUGGCAGAUUACCAUCUGUUAUUCGACUGUGAAUGGCACAGUUUCUUAGAGUUAACAUUAGGAAAAAUAUAUCUUUAAAAAUUUUAAAUAUCAAUUUUCAGUUGCUGUCUACUUGACUAAUGAAAUUCUGCCAUUUCGUACCGUCCGAGUGUCGCAAUAAACAUGACAAUGUUUUGAUUGCGCCGAAGAUAGUUCGUUACUUCAAGAUAGAAAUUUUCCCCCGUAAGGUAUUGGAUUACUUCAGGAAUGUAAUUUUGAAAAUUUUAGAAGAAAGAAAAGAAAAGAAAAUAAGAGGUAAUGAUUUUCUUCAGUUAAUGAUGGACGCCCAAGAAGGGAUUCUCGAAAAUAGUACUGAAGAUUUGAAAGAAGCUUCAAACGAAAUAAAUAAUUACCAGGUGCAACAUAAACACAAAACCAUGACGAUUGAUGAAAUUGUAGCUCAAAGUAUUUUAUUUUUUAUUGCUGGGCACGAUACGACAACUACAGUGUUAACAUAUUUUUGUUACCAAAUGGCAUUAAAUCCAAAAUGGCAAGAGAAACUGCUAAGAGAAAUAGAUGAAACGUGGCAGCAAUAUGGUGAUAUAAAUUUUGAUAUUCUUUCCAAAAUGCCUUAUCUUGAUGCUGUUUUAAAUGAAACAUUAAGAAUACAGAACCCGGCAGUAAUGUUGACGAGAGUAGCCGCUGAGGAUUAUAUUCUACCUAAUACUGGAAUAAAAAUUAAAAAAGGAAUAUCUGUUGUAAUGCCUGUUUACGGUAUGCAUCAUGACUCUGAAUGGUUUCCAGAACCAGAAAAAUUUAAUCCCGAAAGAUUUUUACCAGAAAACAGAAAUUUAAUCCAACCAUUUUCAUUUUUACCUUUCGGAGAUGGUCCUCGACAUUGUAUUGGAAUGAGAUAUAUCAAUAUGGUUAUGAAGUUGGGUAUAGUUCACCUCUUGCGCAAUAUGAGACUAGUCGCUACCGAUGAAACAAUGAAGCCCCUAAAAUACAUAUUUGGACAAGGAUUGCAGGUUAAGGAAGUAAUUUUGAAAGCUAAAAAAAGGACCCAAUUCAACUAAUUUGGAUUUAAAAUAAUUUUAUUUAAUUAAAUAUAUUUUGAUAAAUUAUAUAAAUUAAAUAACAUCGUUAAAUUCAAUUUAUUGCCAACUUUCUGGUACAAAAAGAGAAGUCAAUGCAUCAGUGAAACACUGUUGCUAAGAUAAUGAUUUGAAAGAAUUUACAUACAAUAUAGUCUACUGUAUUUGUUCAAUAAAAAUGUUAAUUAUUUUCAAUUGUAUUUUAUAAAUA